GCAUUGACUCAGUCCGGCCGGUCGCCUAAUUACCUCACGCAUCGUCUUCUCCCCUGACCUCCUCAACUCCUCUUCACUUUUCCGUUCCCCAACCUCAAUCAGCGCCAUGGGACGGCUCUGGUUUGUCGAAAUUUCUAGCCGUUUUGCAGAAAUUAAUGGAGGAGGAGAUCAUGAUUCAUUGAUUUCCAAGAAAUCUCUUCCGAAUUUGCAACGGCAGAAGAUUGAAGAAAGGGGGAAAUCAGAAGGGGAAUCGCCGAAUCGGCAACAGCACGCAGCUGGGCAGGUCAGCAACAAGGGCCAGCACGGUGGUAAUGUGGUAGGGCAAGCCAGCGAGGCAGCGACAUCGAGUUGAGCAUCAUCUUGGCUGCAGCCUCCAGGUGCAUUCGUUUCAACUUUUAAUUGCAUUUCCUAAUUCAUUUUGUGUAGUGCCAACAUGUCAUCGAGAAAGUAUAUGUCAGGUCAUGAAAAGCGAGAAAAGAGAAAGCGAGUAGAUGAGCUAAUAGAAUCCCAAAAGGGUGCCAUGGAGAAAUUUAUUAGAAAAAAUGCAAGUUCUGCUAGUAAUUCUCAAGAAUUAGCUCUAGCAAUUGCUGAACAUUCCAAUGAAAAUUUAGAUACGAACAAUGCUAGUGGUCAUGAAAAGUCGGGCGAAGAUGAUAAUGCUGCGAGUGACCAUGAAAAUUCCGAUCGGGGUGAUAAAAAUGUGAGUGACCAUGAACCAGAGCAACAACAUUUUACCAUGAAUAUUUACGAUCCAGCAAAUUGGGAUAACUUAAAUGAUAAAUUAAGGGAUAUGUUAGUGGAGAAGGGACCUAUAAGAGAAAAAAACCUUGUUUUUCGUUUAGAUGAUUCUGGUAGGCAUUUUUCAUAUUCUUAUUAUUCCAAAAAACUGAGCAAUGGAGAAGUUUAUGAUCGAGAAUGGCUAGUAUAUUCGAAGCGUGUCGACAAGGUGUUUUGCUUUUGCUGUAAGCUUUUCAAGUUAACAAAUAACAAGAGCGCAUUAGCAAGGGAUGGAGUGGGAGAUUGGAGACACCUUAGUGACAGGAUAAAAGAUCACGAAAAUAGUGUUGAGCAUAUUAGUAAUAUGAGCAAUUGGAAUGAGUUGAGAAUUAGACUAGGAAACAACCAAACCAUUGAUAGAGAUUUGCAAAAGAUAUUCGCAAAGGAGAAAGAACGCUUGAAACAAGUUUUGCGAAGAAUAAUUGCUGUUGUAAAAUAUCUUGGAAAACGAAAUUUGGCAUUUCGGGGAUCUAGUGAGAAGCUUUACGAUGACAAUAAUGGAAAUUUCUUAGCGACUGUUGAGAUGAUUGCCGAGUUUGACUUGGUAAUGCAAGAUCAUCUUAGACGCAUUGAAAAUAAUGAAAUUCAUCAUCAUUACCUUAGCCAUUCAAUUCAAAACGAGUUGAUCUCUCUUUUAGCAUCAACUGUUACAACUUCUAUUAUAAAAAUUGUUAAAGAGGCCAAGUAUUUUUCCAUUAUCCUUGAUUGUACUCCGGAUGUGAGUCACGAAGAGCAAAUGACUCUACUUGUUCGAUGUGUUAAUUUGUCAACUAAAAAGAUGAUGGCAGAAAAAACUUUCCAAGUUGAUUUCUUUUAUGUUAUGGUGGACAUGGCAAAUACUUCAUUGAAAAAUAGAUUUGAGGAACUUGGAGUUUUCAAAGAAAUAUUUGGGUUUAUGCUUAGCUCAUCAAAUUUGAAGUCACUGGAUGAUGUUGAGAUACAAAAAUGUUGCAAAAAAUUUGCUAAAACUUUCUCUCGUAAAGAUCCAAUCUCUCAUAAAGAUGUAUUUGAUGUUGACUCUGAUGAUCUUUUUUCCGAAUUAAGAAUGUUGCAAAUGACCUUAUCAGAUGAACCUAUGUGUGCUGCGGAGAUGUUUGAGUUUGUUAGAAGUAUAAAUUGUUUCCCAAACAUUGCUGUUGCUUAUAGAAUUUUAUUUACCAUACCCGUGACAGUAGCUUCAGCUGAAAGAAGCUUUUCAAAACUGAAAUUGUUAAAAAAUUACCUAAGAUCAGCAAUGUCACAAGAGAGAUUGAAUGGUCUAGCUACUAUAUGCAUUGAGAAGGGCCUAUUGGACCAGAUUAAUGUUGAUAAUAUUAUCAAUGACUUUGCCUCAACAAAUUUUAGAAAAAAACGAUUUACAUAAUUAGUGCACUUGUCUAUUUUGCAAGUCAAUACAAGAUCAGAGUACAAGCGGGAGUAUUGGCAGGAGACCUGGAGUGCAAGAACAAGUGUGAGCAGGAACACGAGCUAGAAUUUGAGUUGAAAUGCAAUAAGAUCGUGACUCGGCCCCUGACAUGAUAGGGCCGGCCCUGCUCCUCCUCCUCCACGGAGCCGGACUCAGGGUGGAUAUGGGAACGGGCAAGGACACGGGGCCAUGGAUCAGGCGGCGCCUCCACGAGCUCGACUGGAUACGCACAUGGCGGUACGUCCUCCUCCACAACUUCAGUGCACGGCGGAGCUUCUGGAAGCCGGCCACCACCACCACCAUGGGUGCCACGGCGGAUGGCGGCUCUCUUCGUUUGCUGGGCCGGGGUGCUCGGAGGAUCCACACUGCUCUGGUCUAUGCACAACAAACGCUCUGCACUGAAGCAACAAAAGAGUUAGAGAUGCCAAGAAAAAUAUGAAUGGGAUGUACUUGUCAGCACGGAGAGAUGGAGACCAAAUCGAUAGUGAGUUUACCGAGAAAAUGAAUAUAUUGGACGUAUGGUUAGACUAGUUUUCCCCAUAAGUUGUGGUUAGGUGAGAGGCAAGUUAAUGGCCAUUUGAUCUGCAAUGGCUUCAUGCAUAGUUAGGGUACUUGGUUUUUUCAUCGAGAAAAUCUAGUAAAUCAUGAUCCAACAAGUAACUCUAAUUCUAGAAGAGGACAUCGACAGGGUAAUGGCCUAGAUGUCCAAAAGUAUGGAAGGGGUGCCACCCACGCUGGUUUCCUCUUUUCCUUUUUCUGAAUUUUUUGUUGCAUAUAGUUUCGCAUGUUUCCUCUUUUCCUUUUUCUGAAUUUUUUGUUUCACGAUCCAAUAGCAUGCUGGACUCCAGGGUUUUUUUCCUGUUUGUGAUCCAUAUCCACCAGAUAUUUUUGUUCAAGGAAUCAGUCCAUUCUUGAUCGACCAGAUAUCUUUGUUCAUGAAUCACUCUAUUCUUGACCCACCAUAUAUUGUUUUGUUCAAAAUCAA